AUGACGGAACGAUCACCCAAGUACCGGCAGGAGAUCCAACAGAUGAUGUUUGUGUCCGGUGAGACGGCGGAACCGUCAGCUGAAACGACCACUCUCAUUGAAGAAAUUGUACGACAACAGGUUAUUGAAAUGCUUAGUAGAAGUACUGCCCUCGCAGCGCGACGGGGCGUUCGUUCUAUCUCAACAGAUGAUCUCAUUUUUCUAAUUCGCCACGACAAAGCUAAAGUAUCACGGCUAAAGACUUUUUUGUCCUGGAAAGAUGUCCGAAAAAAUGUGAAAGACUCGGAUGACAAGGGUGGUGCUGAUGCAGCUGAUUUUGGGGCCGGAGAUGACCCUUUGGCUGGAGCAGGUGUUGCGGGUCCAUCGGAUGUUGCGGCCAAACCGAAAAAUAAAAGGGCCAAAGUUGGUUUGCCUUGGGAUCUCAACAACCUGUAUUCAGUACAAGUUCCUGAGCGUGAAGAUGAAGAAGACGAAGAGGAGGAGGAACAAAAUUAUGCCACUCUGCAGCGCCUCGCAAACGCAGAUGAGCGGACAAAAAAUAUGACCCGCGAAGAGUAUGUUUUCUGGUCGGAUUGUCGACAGGCCUCAUUUACAUUUCGCAAAGCAAAGAGGUUUCGAGAAUGGGCAGGUUUUGGAAUCGUGACGGACUUUAGACCCAACGAUGACAUCGUCGACAUUCUUGGCUUCCUCACUUUCGAAAUUGUGCAAACAUUGACGGAAGAGGCGCUGAAGGUGAAGGAGCAGGAGGAUCGGGGUAAGAAAGGCCGUGGAGCCUCGGAUGAUGGUGAAAAGACCAAGAAGCGAAAACAAGAGACGGGGCUCUUCGACCCUCCAGAGGAGGGGAGGACUCCCAUAGAGCCAAGACACAUUCAUGAGGCGUAUCGCAAACUUCAGGCGAUUCCGAAUAAGGCGGUUGCGAUACUAUUGCGCGGAGGACGAGCGCCGAUGCGUACUCCUUUGCGACUUAUUUGA